AUAACGGCGAUAACAACGUUAUCAAUGCAUUCAAGACUUGUUUAGUUACGGCAAUUUUUUAUUCGAUGUCACUAAUGUCAGCAAGUUGCCGGUCGGCGUACAAUGAACAUUACAUGGUUUAAAAUUGAAAACGUACGCACCUUGGACUUUGGAGAGAUUUAAAACUAUCUUGUGGCGAUGGAAGUCGAUGAACCCAAUUACGAAUUCUCGACGUUAAAGUGUCAGUGGUCGUUAACGGAUUCACCCACCGUCACAGUACACUUGAAAGUGGCAUUUCAUGAUGAGGCGGCUGACGAUCAGACACGGAUGGCAUUGCAGGUAACUUCGAUUGUAGACGACAAUUUGAGUGACUGUGUAGUCUACAGGGGAUUUGUGAUUGGCAACAAAGCGGCUGACCAGACCCUACAUUCGGGGGUCCGCCAUGACGACGACGAUUCGGCAGCCGUCCGUAUCUGGUUAAGGGAUGCGCGAGCGGCGCUACUUGGCAGUGGCGACAAGCCGACUACAGCUGAAUACGAAUAUCAUUUGCGACGUGAAGACCACAACGACGACCGACUGCUAACGUUGGCAUGGAAGAUCAAACUUCGUCCAUUCGGCUUGGCAACGCUUGGCAUGGUUCAGAUGGCAGGAGAAACUGCGACAAUGUCACUGACAUGCAAUUCGUUCAUCACACCAUUGAUUGGCAUGCUGUCUGCUGAAAGGAAGCAAAAACAGCAGUCGGACCUAGCGACUGCUGACCGCGAGGGAUGCCUGUUGGAAGACAAUCGUCGGCUGCUGAAUGAAUUACAAUUGAUGUCCGAGGGCCGGCGGCUAGAGGACCAGCGGCUGAUGGCGCAGUUCGUGGAGGUAUUGAAUGCAAAAAAGCGGCAGAUAGUUGACUUGCAACAUAAGUUGGAUGAAUUGAAGCUGGAGCCAGACAUGUCGCAGCCGGUGGCCGUUGAACAGGAAAAAGUGAUAGUUCGACAACGACGAGGACGUGGCACCUGUCGUGGUCGACCUGGGCCGAUCAAAAAAAUUAGACGUUCCACAACUCAUGGUGAGAACAAGAAAAAAUUGUGUUCCUCCUCGUCCGAAGACGAUAAUGCCACUCUACGAUGUAUUAAUAGUAAUAAUUCCUCUGGGUUGGAAGAAAUAGACAAAUUGAACUGUGAUAAUACUUCUGGUAAUGUAGUGAUAGAUCCUAAGAAUUUCCCAAUGUCCACUUCAAUACCAGUAUCUAUUACAGAUGAGAAUAUACCAGUAUCUACUACAGAUAAGAAUAUACCAGUUGAUCCCAGGUACUUUGCUGACACUCAAAUAGAUUCACCCAACAGUUCACCGACGUGGUUACAACAGCCAUUGACAAAUUCACCUAACAGUUCACCGACGUGGUUACAACAGCCAUUGACAAAUUCACCUUUGCCUCAGCUGCAGCCUUCAAUAAACCAACACAGUGAACACCAAUUACCAAAAAAAAAAUCUGUGCUCGAUGACCUAUGGAAUGGAAUUGUAUAACUGGUAAUGUUAUAUUCAAUCAAACAAUCGCAUACAAUCUUUACUGUUUUUUUUUUUUUUAAUUU